CGCGGGCACCGGUUACACCGGCCGCCAGUACAAGGCUGAGCCUCCACUCACUAGCACGACAUGUACCUUGCGAUCCGCAAGCUUUAGUUAUGUGUACUCCGAACUGCUGAAGUAUAAGUGACCGUUUAAUCUGUGAUAAAACAAAUAUAAAAAAAACUUUUUACAAUGAACGAAACGUCGAAUGAUUCAAGUACAGUGAAAGACACUUGGUUGUGGUUGCGCGAUGUAAUGGGGUCGUGGCUCGAAGACCCUGGUGCGGAGGGGUACCAGGGUCUGAACAUGAGCGCCCUGCAAAUGGAUCAAGCCUAUAUUGUCGGAGUUGCGGAUAGAGACGUCGGCAUCUAUUCCGUUUCCGACGAUUGUUUCAGAUGUCCAUUCGAGCUACAGAGGAACAUAUCGUCAGGCAGUAAAGGCUGGUGGGUGGCGAGCACGGCGCGACGCUCCACACUGCGGGUGUACGAGGGGGUCGCCGACGACUACGUCACCGCGAGGAACACUUCUGGUCUGCUAUGCCAGCUGAGACCGAACCUGGGACAAUUCGGCGUGUACACGCUGAAUGCGACCGAUGGAGGCUGCGAUAUACGGACAUCUAAGGAACCUGUCGAUAUAUAUAUGCCUCUGCUUCUCCUGCUAGCGGUGCUGGUCGCGGUGUGGGUACUGUAUGGAGUGCUGAGGCUCAUCAUGUCGCGAGUGCGGCGCUCCGCAAAACUACGCUAUGGAGACAAAGAGCUCGCCAUACAGCAGAGACUACGAGCAUUGGACACAUUCAGAGGGAUGGCCAUAGUGUUCAUGAUCUUCGUGAACGACGGCGCUGGUGGCUACUGGUGGAUGGAACACUCCACGUGGAAUGGGCUGGCGGCGGGUGAUCUGGUGUUCCCCGCCUUCCUGUGGGUUAUGGGCGUGUGUGUGCCGCUCUCAGUCAAAAGCGCCUUCGCCAAGGGCGUGCCGCGGUGGAAGAUCGUCUUGCAUAUUGUUCGGCGUUCGGUCAUGAUGUUUUUGCUGGGCAUAUCAAUGAACACCAUCUACGGAUCGAACAUGCUGGGCGAGUUGCGUAUAUUCGGCGUACUGCAACGACUGGCGGUGUCGUACCUCGUCGCUGCGGGCUUCUACGCUCUCACUGCUCCCAAGUAUUACACGCCACCCAGGGGAGCAUGCGGUCAAGCACUGAAAGACGUGUUAUCGUGCGCAUGGUGCUGGGUGCUGGCUGGUGUGCUGAUAGCGGUACACAGCGCCAUCACCUUCAUCAUACAUGAUCCGGAUUGUCCAGUUGGCUAUCUAGGGCCUGGUGGCAAGCAUGACGAGUGGGUGGCGCCGGAGUGCAGCGGCGGUGCGGCGGGCUACAUCGACCGCCUGCUGCUCGGAGACAGCCAUCUGUACCAGCACAGUGACGCGAGGAAUGUCUACGGCGGACCAGCGACGGAUCCAGAGGGAUUGUUAGGAUGUCUGACAUCAUCGGUGCAAGCGCUGCUUGGCGUGCAGGCAGGUGCGACGGUUCUGCUGCAGCGCUCGCACAAGGCGCGGGUUUCGCGCUGGCUCGCCUGGGCGCUGGUGUUCGCGCUGGCGGGAGCCUUGCUGGCCGGCUUCUCGCGCGAGCAUGGUGUCGUGCCCAUCAACAAGAACCUCUGGUCCAUGUCUUUCGUCCUCGUAACUACGGCGGUUUGUCUGGCUUUGCUCAGCAUCUGCUACACAUUCACCGACGCAUGGCGCUUGUGGGGUGGCGGACCUUUCAGAGCUCCUGGCUUGAACGCCAUCGCCCUCUACAUAGGUCAUUCGGUGUGCGCACAUCUGUUCCCGUUCCACUGGAGAGUGCCUGGCAUGAGGACGCAUGGAAUACGCCUCGUCGAAGCUGUCUGGGGAACAGCCUUAUGGGUUAUUAUUGCUCACAUAAUGGCUAGGAAGAAAGUCUUCAUCACGCUCUGAAUGCAGUAUUUCUUUAGUUACACGGCCAGGAUAAUGUGUUUGUAAUUAGUACGUAACUGCAUUGAAUUGGUGCUCUUAUUUCGGUGCCUUAAAAGGUAAUGACAUACAAAGUUAUUUCCUUUUUUUUAAUCACUACAGUAAAAUAACUGAGUGAUUGGAAAAUUUAAUAACUAUUGUAAUGUUGUUUGCCUUAGUGUAUACGAUUUACGUAUUUACACGUAGAUUCAGUAGUAAGAAAAUUACAGUUUUGUUUCCCGAGACACUAAACUAUGGAUUCUUUUUUUAAUAGGAUAUGUACUUUUACUUUCAUAGUUUAGCUAAGUUGAAGUUAAGAAUCCAUUCCAUGGUGGGUUCCAACCAAUUCGCGUCCCUGGUGGAAACGCAGCUUUUAAUACUGGAGUCGAGUGGACUUCAGUGUCGACGAAAUAUACGAGAAUUUAAGUUUUAGGCAUAAUGAUGAAGCUAUGUCGUCAGGUAUUAAAUGAAAUGCUGAGCUGAUUUUUCAUUUUCGAUUAUCACCUCUUAUACAAAAAUGUAAGAUAAUAAUAAAGAAUUUAAUAAUCAUCAGCUACCUAGCCUAUCUAUCUAUCUACUUACGGCCAGCUUCUUCAUCGCAAGUAACAGUCAAAGUAACGUCAGAAAUCAAAAGUGACGGUCUUAUACAUUGCAAAAUAGUCUUCUUUACUGCUUACUACUUUUACUGUUUCUUUAGCUUUACAUGAAGAAACUGGCUGUAAGUGGAUAAAAAAAUAUCGAUGGUAAAAAAUUCCCUAUGGUAUUAGCAAAGGUAGUAAGCUGGUCUCACAGUUGUGUUGCUCGUAUCUUCUAAAGGUUUAUGUUUAUUUCACUUAAUUUUAAGUUUUGAUCACUUUGGCAAAUCAUGAUCAUGCAUGAUCAUCAUAUCUCUCUUUGUGAUACAUUACUACGGGGGUAGUACGAAAUAGAAGAGGACGGCAAGCGCAUUCUCCAAACAUUCAUUAACACGCAAAUUGCCGUCCGCCUCUUUAGUCAUACCCCGCUCCUCUGGACUGCGCGGUAAACGACUGAGCUAAGCUGUUUGUUAUACCUUACUUUAUCAGCCAAUAGACGUCCACUGAUGGACACACUCCUCUUGCAUGGACCUCCAAGCACAACAGAAUCGAGCCGCCAGCAUCCAGCGGCUCCCUGCAACCCGAUUGAUAUCCUCGGUCCAUUUAGUGGUCGACCAACACUGCGCUUUCCGGUGCAUGUCGCCAUUCCAGCACCUUGGGACCCCAACGUCGACUCUUCGAAAUAUGUGGCCUGCCCAUUGCCACUUCAGCUUCGCGACUCGCUGAGCUAUGUCAGUGACUUUGAUUCAUCUGCGGAGUUUGUCUAUAAUGAGACGAAAUAUCUUAGUAUUCCAUUUAUUCCACGUGCGGGUGCCGGGUCUAUCUUGUGGUAGAGAGAAAACCUUGAGCAGAUUCCCGGACUUGUGGCCGAUGGUGUAGGGUUAAGGACGUCCUUGAUAGUUAACACUCCCUUUCUCCGCUCGUGUUGUAGUAUCGUGUCUGUAUUGGCCAAUAAAAUACGACUUUCUUACCAUCGCAGCUUUAGCCAAAUUACUUAUGAUUUUUUUGCUAAGUAAAUAUAUAUAUAUCACACAACUUACAAGACUGAUUGUUAUUUAAAAGCUGUAACCUAUUUUGGAACUUCUAUACCACUUUUUGUAGAGCAACAAUUUGUGCUAAUAAGCAAGUUUUUUCUUCAAUAAAAAUGAAAUGAUAUAUUAAGAUUACAGUUAUAGUAUAUUGAUAAAGAUCUAGUCUAAAUUAUGUUUCAACUAUAAAAAAAAUAUGAUUGUAAGUAAAUGAAAAACGGUAUGUUUGCUAUGAAUAAUAAAAAAUGAUAUUAUUUUAAUAUUCUUUA